AACUGGUUGUAGGGACAGCAAAUGACCACACACGUCGAGGUGUCAGGGGCCCAAGGCCUGAUGUCCCUCUGCCUCCUGGAAGAUCUCACCUGCUGCCUUUCCUCACACAGUGGUCAUGGCCGCACACUUGCAAGACUCAAGCAGGUGUCCUGUGUGCCUGACUUACCUGGAGGUGCCCGUGUACCUGAAGUGUGGCUUCACCUGCUGCCUCCACUGCUUCGACUCCCUACAGAGGGAGCCCAGCGGGGAGGGUUUCCGGUGUCCCUCCUGCUCCGCUGUUUCUCGGAGGAAGGACCUCAGGCCAGGCACGCAUCUUGGGAGGCUGGUCUCCAGGAUCAGGGAGUUGGAGCCCCAGCUGAAAGCCGUUCUGCACAUGAACCCAAACGUGCACAAGUUCCAAGUCGAGGUCACCCUGGAUGUUGACACCGCCAACCACUACCUCAUCAUUUCUGAGGACUUGAGGAGUGUCUGCUGUGGGUAUUCCAAACAGACUCAGAGCGCCGGGGCCCAGAGGUUCGACUAUGCCCUCUGCGUCCUGGGAUCCCCUGGGUUCCCCUCUGGCCGCCACUACUGGGAGGUGGACGUGGGGAUGAGCAAGGCCUGGGAUGUGGGUGUUUGCAGAGACUCCGCUGACCGACAAGGGCCCAUUCUACUGUCCGCAGAGCUUGGCUUCUGGACGGUGGGCUUGAGAAAAGAUCUCUUCCAAGCCAGCACCAGGCCUGUGACCAUGCUCUCAGUGAGCCCCCGCUUACACCGACUAGGGAUUUUCCUGGACAUGAAUCUUGGCACCGUUUCUUUUUAUCACGUGAGUGAUGGAGCCCACAUUUUCACCUUCACUGGAAUCCCUGCUGUGGGGCCGCUGCGUCCGUUUUUUGCUCCCGGGAGUCCCACCACGGAUGGUCAAGGCUUCCUGAGAAUCUGUCCUAAAGCGCAGAAGGAGCGAGGGAUCCGAGGUGCAGGGCUGGGCCGCAUGGGGGCCACGCCAGAGGACAUUCUGCACAGAGGGCAGACCGAGUUCUCAAGGGAAGUACCACGGGCCAGUCGCAGGCCCAGGCGCUCCCCUGACAAGACCCCGGCCAUCCUGCCCCUGUAG